AUGCCAAUCGUAUUUCUUCUCAUUGGACAAUGUGGUAAUCAAGUUGGUUCCGAAUUUUUUAAAACAAUUUACAAUGACAAUUUCAAUGAUCUUCCCGUUCACAAUGCCUCAUCCAACACCUCAUAUGUCAAUGAAUCAAUGGAAACUUUCUUCAAUCUGUGUGAUUCCACACCCGAAGCUAGAUGUGUUCAAAUUGAUACCGAAGAAAAGGCUAUUCGUCAUAUUAAGAGCGAUGUUCGUCGCCAAUGCAAUUGGCGGUUUUCGAAAAAUUCGGUUUGCUCCAAAAGCGGUUCUGGAAACAAUUGGGCCCAUGGUUAUUUUCUUAAUGGCCCGCCAUGUAUAGAAGCAAUGAGUAAUCAGUUGCGUUUGGAGUUGGAAAAAUGCGAUUUGAUUGACGGUCUUAUUACUAAUAUGAGUCUUGCUGGGGGUACCGGCUCAGGAGUUGGUACCUAUCUCAUUACUCAUUUAAGAGACCAUUGUCCGAAAGUGCCCCUUUUGGUUCAACUUAUAUGGCCAUAUCGAUUAGGCGAAGUGGUAACUCAAGCAUACAAUGCCAUUCUAAGUUUGGGUCAUCUGCUACGAAGUGAGGGACCUACGGGAUUCUUGCUGCAUGAAAAUGAUCAACUUCAUCGAGCCUGUGCUUCACGCCAUCUCCCUAAAUGCCAAAGGGGCGCGACUCGAGGAGCGCUUGAUCAAGUUCCAAUUACUGAACUCAACCGGCUUAUGGGUCAUCUUCUUGGAGGUGUACUUCAGCCAUACAACGACGGUUCCUCGGGCGUAUUUUGCCGCCGUCGUCUCUCACGCUUAUUAUUUGAUCUCUCUGGCCCACCAGACCAUCGUCUUUAUCGGCUUCACUGUCUUCCUUACCACCUGACUAAGGAGAGCCGCCGGUUCGCCACCGAAACCUGGCCACAACUCCAACGCCAUGGCCGCCAACUGCUCCUUACUGGGGCAUGUGUGGAGGACAGUAAGUGCCUAAUAACUACGCAAAGUUAA